AUGGGGCGACAGGCCAACGGCGCCGUGACUGUAACGGACGGAGAGACGGUGCUGUACUGCACGGUGUGUGCGUCAGAGGAGGAGAGUGAACCUUCAGACUUUGUGCCGCUCUCUGUGAGCUACCAGGAGAGAUUCAGCGCUGGGGGGCGCACCAGUGGGGGCUACUUCAAGCGGGAAGGACGGCCUAAAGACCACGAGAUUCUGGUGUCUCGUCUUAUUGACCGCCCGCUACGUCCCAUGGUGGCUAAGGGAUUCAACCACGAAGUGCAGGUCCUCUCGUGGCUGUUCAGCUACGAUGGGGAGCACAGCCCCGAUGCCCUUGCCAUCACCGCUGCUGGAGCUGCUCUGGCUGUGUCAGAUAUCCCCCUGGCAGGCAUAGUAGCGGGGGUGCGCAUGGGCAUGGUGAAUGGCGCUCUGGUCGUCAACCCCACCAACCAGCAGCUGCAAGGGUCGCCUCUAGACCUGGUGGUGGCUGGCACGACUGACUCGGUUCUCAUGAUAGAGGGCUACUGCAACCUCCUGUCGGAGGAGCAGCUGCUGGAGGCUGUCGCAGCAGGGCAGAAAGCCAUCAGUGCCAUCUGUCACGGCUUGCACAAGUGGACCCAGGAGGUUGAAGGAGUCUCAAAGCCCAAGCUCACUGCCGCCAUCCAUGCCCCACCGGCGGACCUGCUGGGUCGGCUGGAGGGACUGGUGGGGGCGGAUUUGGAAGCGGCGCUGAGGAUCGAGGGGAAGAAGCAGCGGGGGGUGGCGAUCAAGGCGGUUGAAGAGAAGGUGCUGGGGGCGCUCACAAAGGCGGGGCAGGCCGCCACUAAGCAGGCAGCAAAGGAGGAGGACGAGGAAGCAGAGCUGGCAGAGGAGGAGGGGCUGGUGGUUCCCGCAGGGGAUGUGGACGAGGGGGAGGUGCAUGUUAAAGGCACAGGGGUGGGAACUGGGGUGGGGAAGGCAGUGGGGAAGGGGAAGGGGAGGGCGGAUGUGGUGGAGGUGGCAUAUGACCCGGUGGAUGUGAAGAAGCAGCUCAAGGAGCUGACUUCUCUCAUCAUGCGACGUAUCAUUGUCACGGAGGGUCGUCGCAGUGAUGGGCGGGGAACCAGUGACGUGCGGCCCAUCGAGUCGGCCUGUGGCGUUCUGCCACGUGUGCAUGGCAGUGCACUGUUCACCCGAGGGGAAACACAGGCACUGGCAGUGGCGACACUGGGAGGGGAGGACAGCGCGCAGCGAUUGGACCACCUGACUGCCACGUCAGAGCUCAAGCGGUUCUACCUGCAGUACACCUUCCCACCUUCUUCAGUCGGCGAAACCGGACGUGCCGGGUUCACCAGUCGCAGGGAGGUUGGCCACGGGGCUUUAGCUGAACGGUCGCUGGAGCCAGUGCUGCCAGAUGCGGCAGGUUUCCCCUACACCGUGCGGGUGGAGUCCACCAUCACAGAGAGCAACGGCUCCUCUAGUAUGGCGUCUGUCUGUGGAGGGUGUCUCGCAAUGCUGGAUGCAGGAAUUCCGCUCCGUGCGCCAGUGGCCGGGGUGGCAAUGGGGCUCGUUCUGCACACGGAGCAGACAGGAGGGGACGGCACUCCGGUCAUCCUCACGGACAUUCUGGGGUCAGAGGAUGCGCUGGGGGACAUGGACUUCAAGGUGGCGGGCAGUGCCAAGGGGGUGACCGCGUUUCAGAUGGAUAUUAAAGUGCAAGGGAUUACCAUUGAUGUCAUGCGCACUGCUCUUGAGAGGGCCAAGCAGGGACGGCUGCACAUAUUGGGUGAGAUGGCAAAAGCUCAUCCUCCCCCGUCCAACCGCCUCUCGCUAUACGCUCCCCGAUGCGAAUCCAUCCAGGUUGACCCAGAGAAGGUGAAUCUCAUCAUUGGCAGCGGUGGAAAGACUAUAAAGAGUAUAAUCGAGGAGUCUGGAGUCGACUCAAUCAACAUCGAGGAUGGGGGACAGCUGCGCAUAUACGCGCGGUCGGAGGCGGCACUGGAGCUGGCAAGGGCGCGCAUAGAGGGGCUCACGAUGGUGCCGGAAGUGGGGCAGAUCUAUCG